AUGGGCGUCCUCGACAUCGUUUGCCUUACCACAGACCCGGACUCGACGGCCUUCUAUGGGUUUGCGUAUGCAAAUAGCUACGACUGCAGCAGCUCUUGCAGCCACAACGUCCUCGUCAAGUCCAACGCCAACCCUACCUCGGGAAGUACGCUUACCUGGUCCUUGGUCUCCAAGAUCAACAGCAAAAACAUGACAGGGACCGCCGUGGACAUGUAUGCCCAAUUUUCUUGCGCAAUAAGUGCCCAGGGGGUCUUCACGAUGUUCGGUUGGGCCCGCGAUAGCGAACUAUACAGUAACCCGGAAAUAACUUUUGGUAUCCGAUACGACCCUGCUGGAACAAUGGACGCCAAUUACAACUUUCAGGGUUCUGGAGCAUGGAUGAACGUGACGAUUGACAAGGCUUACAACUGGGCAGUUACAAGCGCCCAGCAUAUAUUAAGAUACGUUAACAAUGGCGGAACAACCGACCUCGUUCACACGGUCCUCAGCAGCAAUGAAAACACAAUAUACGUUGCAAAGGUGGACGAGGCUACCAAGAUCUUGACCGCCGCCGGCACUUGGGUUCUAAACAAAACGAUGCAUGGAACAGUCACGGCAAUUGGUGUUGGCAACAACCACCUCUAUACCUACGGCGGACUCUCUUCGGCCUAUGGGUCUUUGUGCGGUGGAUAUUCCUGCCUGACCGGUUUCCCUCUCGCCACCAUCAGUCCCACCACGCCCGUCGGAAAGAUCUACAACGCGAGUCAAGUCUACCCCAACCUUUAUUCUCGGGGAGUAUAUAUCUACACCUACCAGAAUACUUUAACGUUGAUCUCUUCUCUACUAGGCUCUUCACGCAAUAGUGCUAUAUACAAAAUCAACGACCCCGAUAAUGCCAACAGCACAGGACCUCCCGUCGCCAAUUUUACCAACUCAGCUAUCAACAUGGACUUUUUCGUACCCCUUGGAGAUGGAACAAGCCCAACAUCGUUUGCGCUGAUGAAGCAGUAUAGUAAAAUGUAUGUUUUCGGCAACGACAACGGGACCAGAUACACCCACGAGAUCAACAAAGUCAACAUCACGGACCCUGUUGGCUACAACCCGAACCCCAGGACACCACCAACAGGCUCCUCAAGUUCUCAGGGCGAUUCUUCGCCAGCAGGUGCGAUUAUUGGAGUGAUUGCUGGAGGGGGUUUUCUCCUAGGGCUGAUGGUUUGGCUCACCAUGAGAGCCAGGACUGCGAAGGCCGCGAAGGCCACGAAUGCCACCCCCGACAAGCCCCUGCCAUACAUUCCUCCACUCAAUAACACCAACAACUACGUCUACCCUCAACAACCAGGUCAAACCGGCGGACCCAAUUAUUACCCCCUUCCGGGACAGCCCCCUGCCUCUACCACAUAUCCCUCAGGACAACCAGCACCCACAACCAUCCUACCUAUGGCACCCAUUACACCUGUGCCGCAACAACAUCAAACCUACCAGGACCAGAUGCAAGCAUUACAGUUCUCAUCCCACCCUCGGCCUAACUAUGUCACGACCGCCUACAGUACAGAGCCAGCCACCUCUAGCCCACCAGUAUCCUAUUCCGGAUCGUCAGGAGCACCACAGGCAGUGUGGCAGCCAACACCAUUCGUCCCAGCCAUACGACCAUCCAGCAGUAUAAACACUCCGACACUCAGCGCAGGCGGCUCUUCUGUUGUUGCUACCGCCUUUUCGAGCACUGCAGCAGCACAGUCGCCACAAGAACCAGAAGCGAUUGUUUCUCAACACUCUGUCGAUAACCCUGCACCGUCUGCAUCUACACCGCUGUCGUCGCCACCUUCUGUCCCCCACAGUACACGUCCAAGCUCUUAG